GAGAACCUGCAGCCCGGGCUGAGCCGCUGCUGCUCCCCAGCGGGGUCUGUGAGGAGAGAGAACUGCACUGACCCCCCCUCCCCUCUGUGCCCAGCCGGGGGGACUUUCUGCGGGGGCUGGAACCAGCCCCUGGGGCAGCCCCAGGCUCUGCCGACACCAGCCCCUGAGCCGGAGCCUGCAGGGGCCAGCGGCCGGCAAGGAGGUGGGUGUGUAUUCCACCAUGGAGCCGUGCGUCCUGCUGGAUCCUCACCAAAAAGCCCUGUACAGGGACGUCAUGCAAGAAAGCUACGACACCCUGAUGUCGCUGGAAUUUCCCUUUCUGAAAGCGGAGGUGAUCUCCCGACUGGAACGGCGUCGCAGAGGCUCCAAGGAGAGGGAGAUCCCAGCAGCGUCUGGCCCAGGUGAUGGGACGGCGAGUGAGACCGAGGAGGAGAAUCCCCCGAAGGAAGGCCCUGAGCCAGCGGAACCACGGGAGAUGCUGCCGGAAGGAUUUUCAGGAGCUGUUUGCCAGGGGCCUGCUGGGGUGAGGCUGGGAGGGGCAGGGAGGAGACAGGGCAAACCCACCCCUCAGGGGCCCAGCCCCAAGAAACUGCAGGAUAUCACAGCUCACCAGCGAACACCCCAGGGCCAGAAACCCUACCCGUGCCAGGACUGUGGCAAGAGCUUCAUCUGGAGCUCGCACCUGGAGCGGCAUCGGCGCGUCCACACAGGCGAGCGCCCCUAUGCCUGCCCUGAGUGCGGUGAGCGCUUCACCCAGAGCUCCCACCUCCGGCAGCACCAGCUGGCCCAUGGCGGCGAGCGCCCCUACAAGUGUGGCGACUGUGGCAAGCGCUUCGGUGACCUGCCAGCCCUGGCAGCCCACCGGCGCGGCCACCUGGAGGACAAACCCUACCGCUGCGCCCAGUGCGGCAAAGGUUUCGCCUGGAGCUCCCACCUGGAGCGUCACCGGCGCGUCCAUACUGGCGAGCGGCCCUACCGGUGCAGGGAGUGCGGGGAGGCCUUCGCCCAGAGUGCCCACCUCACCAAGCACCGCCGGACCCACACCGGGGAGCGCCCCUACCGCUGCCCCCACUGCGGGAAGGGCUUCGGGGACAGCUCUGACCUCACGCGACACAAACGGACCCACACAGCUGGGAGCAUCAGGCAGCGCCAACAACCCGCUCGCAAGCAGAGUCCGGCCAAGCCCAGGAAAGCUCAGCAGAAGGGGAAACACAGCCGCUGCAGCCAGGGCGCUGGGGAGAGCUUGGGGCGACCACAACAGCAGCAGGGUCCCCAGUGCCAGGACUGCAGGCUGGGCUCCAAGCCCCGGAGAGCCCACCAGGAGGGGACGUGCAGCUGCUUCAGGGAGAGCUCGGAGCUGUUUCAGGGUUCAGAGGCCCUGGGACCCCAGCCCAAGCGGAAAUCCCACCCCUGUGGGCACUGCGGGAAGGUCUUCACCUGGAGCUCCCACCUGGAGCGGCACCGGCGCGUCCACACCGGCGAGCGGCCCUAUGCCUGCCCCGAGUGUGGCGAGCGCUUCGCUCAGAGCGCCCACCUCACCAAGCAUCGCCGGACCCACACCGGCGAGCGGCCCUACACCUGCCCCCACUGCGGGAAGGGCUUCGUCGAGAGCUCCGACCUGGCACGGCACCGGCGCACCCACACCGGGGAGAAGCCCUACAGGUGCGGGCAGUGCGGGAAAGGCUUCAGUGUCCGCUCGGCCCUCACCAAGCACCACAGGGAGCACACGGGGAGCACGCCAUGAGUGGUUGCCACCGAGAGCCUGCGCCAGGCUGCCCCGACCCUCAGGGAGAGGAGAGGAAAACCUGGCACUUCCAUUUCACAUUGCACGCUUGGGAGAAGGCCCCCGGGAUGGCCCGAGGGCCUCUGGGCUUGAGACACCCCCGCCACACGGGACGGCCCAAGGGCAUCUAGACCAAGACCCCUCCAGGACGGCCCGAUGGCCUCACUAUCUCUGAAAACCCAUGCUGGAAAGCACACUUCCAGCUUUAGUACUGACGUAUCCUAAAAGUGACUCUUCAAAUGUGGCUGUUUUGUCACCCUAUAGUGCCCUGCAAUCACAGGGGCUCCGUUUCCCACCAAUAAGAUCUUUAUUCUCACUGCCAGCCCUGGGAUGGAAGAGAAGCACUGGGUUCUUUCCUUCUCACGCGUCAUCACCAGGAAUAAAGGGUUCACGGGGCGAAUUCUUGCUUGUGCAGCCGCUGGCACCCUCACCCUCUGUGACCCCUCCAUGACAGAUUUCAUGCCCCGAGGGCCAUACGUAGGUCGACCCCUCCCCCCCGUGGAGACGCAGCUAGGUUGAUAGAUUCUUCCCUCCACUUCACUACUGCCUCUCAGAGAAGUGGAUUUACUGCAUCACUGGAAAAUCCCCUUUUGUCAGCGUAGGCAGCGUCUACACUACAGUGCUACAGCAUCCCAGCUGCAGUGCCGUAGAUGUGUUGCUGCCGUGGCUGUAGAGCAGAUGUGGCCUCAGAGCAGUUCUGUUGCGAUUGCCCAGGGUGGGAUGGGGCAGUUGCAGGGCAAACGGGAGAUAGAGGCAGCAAGCACUCGAGGCCCGACUCUGCUACAUGCAGGGAGCAGGGCAGCGGGGUGGAGAAAAGGGGCCAGUCCUGUGGGAUACGUUCUCAGAUUGCAAUCACAAGAAGAAAAAUGUGCUACAGGGGGUGAGUGGCCAUAGUGUGUCUCCUCUCUCCACCACCGGCCUAUACGGCUGGGACUCCUUUACAGCAGGAUGACCGAAAGGGGAACCAGCCCCUUUAAACUUUCUUUAAAGAACGUUGAGCGUUGAAGAGGAAGGGCCCAGCACUCGCUGGUUGACCCUAAAAGAAAGUGGCAAAUAACCAGCCAGGGGGUCUGGCUUCAGGGGUUUCAGAAUCUGGCUGGUCCAAAUUUUAAUUUUUCAUUCCAUUCCGAGAAUGACAUUUUUUUCAUGAAAAAUCUUUCUUGCUUUUUUCUUUUUUUUAAGGAUGAAAAAAAAUCUGAAAUUCAAAACGUUUUCCUCUCCAAUUCAAGGAUUCCGCUUUGGAGGGGGAUCGAGGGUUGUUGGUGCAUGCGUGCAUGUGUCUUUUUUCUACGUUCUCUUUCUAUUUAACUUUCCCAUCUUUUUUUUUUUCCCCUCUGGAAGAGGAGUGGGAAUCAAAUGAGAGCAAUUUGGAGGCAGAAAAAACAUUUUCUCUAACUUUUUUUCCACUGGAAAAUUAAAGAAAAACAAAGAAAGAAAAGGUGAGAAUGGGAAAUGCAGACACAUGCAAAAAAUGAAAAUUUUGGAAAUAAAACAAAAAAUUCAAUUCAUUUUACAAUUUUGGAUUUAAAAAAAGGGGUUUCUGGGUUGAUCCUCACAAACUGUUUGACGAACAAAAUACAGACCUCUGGUUUUUAAAGGACCACAGAGUAGUACCCUGGUGGGGGGUAACUUUCAGAGAGGGUCACCAUGACGUCAUCUCGGCCUGACCUCUUGCCUUUGAACAGGGCAGGCUAGAUUGCUCUAAAUGCCUAGUGGGGAUCUUUCCAGCUUUAUAUGCUGCAUCUCUCACCGUGGUAUCUGGGCACAAGGGCGGUGUGCAUAAUGGAGUUGCGGGGGCGUUUCUGGCAAUUCUGAAAAAUCAACGAAAAAACAUUGUUUCAGGUCAAUCCCAAAAUGAUUUUUUAAAAGUUUUCAGUAAAUUGAAAAGUUGGAAAGAAAAAUGCAUUUCUGAUCAAAUGCAGCAUUUUAUUCCACCCCAGACAAAACCAGUCUGUUUCAAUGGUGAGCCAUUUUUUAUGUUUAAAAAAGAAUAAAAUUAAAAGGAAUUUUGAUCGAACGAAGAGUCGUUUAAAUCAGAAAAAUAGAAACAGUUCCUUGCUAACAGGUCAACACUCAAUGUUUUGGGUUUGGGUAGGGGAUUAAUUUAUUCAUUGGAUCGAAACAAUUUUUUGCAAAAUUAACACAGAUUUGCAAAAUGCUACAGUUGACCCAAAUCUGCAUUUUUUUGCCAAAAAAUGUCACGUGCGGUGCAUCCCAAAUGGCAGGGAGCUGUCUUUACUGGGUUGUUUUGUUUUUGUUUUUUUGAUUGAUUGAUUGAUUUAGCGAAUCCAUGGGCAGGCAGCCAUCUAAAUGCCUUCAGAAUCAAAGACCUUAGAAAAAGAGUGGGAAUUUAAUGGAAUAAGUUUAUAACAAAUGCCGAGAUUCAUCAGCAAAUUCAACAACCCCUAACUGCUAAUGAUAUCCGGAAAAGAAGACUGAGAUAUUGGGGACCUGGGUUAUGAACGAAAUCAGACUGACAGCCAUAGCAGGGCUGUCUCAAAAGGGGCUGAUCAAAAGAAUCUAUCAGACAAUAUGUAUGGCGGAGGGGGACAUUAUGGGACAUAGAGGCCUCUCCACGGAGGUCUAGACUUUGCAUGGUCCCUACCAGCCCUACAUUUCUAUGACACUCAAAGAGCAACCCAUGAUAGCCGGGGAUGGUGGAGCCCUGUUCGUGCCCACAGCGAUGUCUGGAAUGAAUUCAGAUUCACUCAUACUCAUCUAGCUGCUUCAGUGCACAGCUCAAGUACAGACAUGUUAAAAGUGACUUGCAUGCCCACCCUGAUCUUGCUACAACAGUGCAAAACCCUAAAUUAGCUAAUAUAGCUUCUCUGCACUCCCAUGGCCAGAGCACCGCAGCACCUCAUGCCAUAGGCACUGGAACUAGUAGUGAGGGGGUGCUCCAGCACUCCCUGCCUUGAAUUUAUUUCCAUCAUACACAGGGUUUACAGUUUGGUUCAAUGGCUCUCAGCACCCAUUAAAAAUAGUUCCAGCA